GACUGGGCAAAAUUAUGAACUUGUGCUCCUCGGCUGGUGCAACUGCAUCAACUACAUCACUAUCGUCUACGGGAAACACCGAAAGUAACGGGAGCGGCCAGUCUGAAGCGACGCACUGCUUUGGUGGUGGAGGGGGAGGAGGAAUCAUUAGCGGUGCCCGAGAUCCAUCGAGCGGAUUUAGCAGCGAUCAAAACCUAACACACAACGAAAACAAUACAAUUAUGCCGCCCGAGACACGUCCCAAGAUGGUGACGGUGAAGCAUCCUGAAUCAAAUAAACCCAAGCCAACCACUAAAAAAAUUGUUAAAAACAUUCAAGCAGAUCAAGAUGUUAUAAAAGCGUUGCAACGUUGCCGCGAUGAAGGUAUUAAGCGCUUGGACCUCAGUAAAUCCUCCAUCACCGUUCUUCCCUCAACGGUUAGGGAAUGUGUGCAUCUCACCGAGCUUUACUUGUAUAGCAACAAAAUUGGACAGUUGCCCCCGGAGAUCGGAUGUCUAGUGAACUUGAGGAAUUUGGCUCUAAAUGAAAAUUCGCUAACAUCGCUGCCGGAAUCGUUGAAGCACUGCACACAACUAAAAGUUCUAGACUUGAGACACAACAAACUUGCUGAAAUUCCACCGGUCAUCUAUAAACUGCUCACAUUGACCACUUUGUAUUUGCGUUUCAACAGAAUCACAACUGUGGCAGAUGAGCUGCGUCAGUUAGUCAACCUAACUAUGCUGAGUUUGCGUGAGAACAAAAUCAAGGAGUUGGGGUGUGCUAUUGGCGCGUUAGUAAAUUUGACUACACUCGAUGUAUCUCAUAACCAUUUGGAGCACUUACCGGAUGAUAUUGGCAAUUGUGUAAAUCUAAGUGCACUUGAUCUUCAGCACAAUGAGCUACUUGACAUACCCGAUAGUAUUGGUAAUUUGAAGUGUCUGGUACGUUUAGGUUUACGAUAUAAUCGACUAAACUGUGUACCCAUUUCGUUAAAGAACUGCAAAUGCAUGGAUGAAUUUAAUGUUGAGGGCAACGGCAUUACCCAGUUGCCAGAUGGCAUUCUUGCUAGCCUGAGUGCAUUGACAACGAUUACACUGUCACGUAACCAAUUCACCAGUUAUCCGACAGGGGGGCCAGCGCAAUUCACUAAUGUGUAUAGCAUAAAUCUAGAGCACAAUCGUAUCGACAAAAUACCCUAUGGUAUAUUUUCACGAGCUAAGGGCCUAACAAAAUUAAAUAUGAAGGAGAAUAUGCUAACUGCUUUACCACUAGACGUAGGCACCUGGAUUAACAUGGUCGAACUCAAUUUGGCUACAAAUGCACUGCAAAAAUUACCAGAUGAUAUAAUGAACCUGCAAAACCUGGAAAUACUUAUUCUUUCCAACAACAUGCUCAAAAAGAUACCCAACACAAUUGGAAAUUUGCGCAAGCUUCGAAUUUUGGAUCUAGAAGAGAACCGCAUCGAAGUUUUGCCGCAUGAGAUUGGUUUAUUGCAUGAACUGCAGCGGCUUAUAUUGCAAACUAAUCAGAUAACCAUGCUGCCGCGUAGCAUUGGGCACUUGAGCAAUCUUACACACCUAUCUGUUAGCGAAAACAAUUUGCAAUUUCUGCCAGAAGAAAUUGGUUCACUGGAAAGCCUGGAGAACCUUUAUAUAAAUCAAAAUCCAGGCUUGGAAAAGUUACCAUUUGAGCUGGCAUUAUGUCAAAAUCUAAAGUAUUUAAAUAUUGACAAAUGCCCACUCGGCACAAUUCCACCAGAGAUUCAAGCUGGAGGACCCUCUUUGGUCUUGCAGUGGCUUAAAAUGCAUUCACCUUACCGGCAAAUGUGAGAUGUUGACGGCGUCUGGCGAACCGUCUAUGUGGGCAGUGACUGUUAUUAUCAGUACGAGCUACAGACGGUGCAGCAGACGCAUCACAAACAAACAGAUAGAGGGGCCAGCGAGCGGCGCUAACGCUGCAAGUUUAGCCUUGUAUUCUCCCUGUUUCCUACUCUGCCAGUAAAACUAAUAUCUUUCCCAAUGGGUUUGGAGUGUAUUGUCAGGCCGAUAAUAGCUUUAAAAUAUACCAAUGUCCCGAGUUUUGUAAUACUGCCCCGAUUUAUUUCACCCUAUUUUUACAUUUAUUUGUUAAUUAUUUCACUUUCAAAUGUAUUGUCGAGUAGGUUUUCGAUCGAUAUUUGUACAUUAAGCUAGUCAUAAACAAUUAAAUAAAAGCUUUCGAUGGUGUA